CGAGGCCUGGGGUGUUGCUGGCGGGAGGGAUGAAUUGUCUCCGAGUUUUGCUGCUGAAAGACCGGCGCGCGGUGUUUAUUUCGGCCGCUUAUUUGUUUUUGGUCAUGCCGGUUUGUGUGGUGGCCUCAGGAGAAAAUGGGAAUAUUGUCUACAUUACAGAAGACAGAAACUAUCAUCACAAAGGACGGUGUAGCUUUUGCUUUAAAAAUGCCCUGUUACCUGGAUGGAGAGACAUUUGGACCCGGAUUCAGAUUCGAGUGAACAGCUCUGAGAAAUUUAAAGUAAAGCAAGUGGAUGACGAAAAGGAGCUAGAAGCUCCAGGAGUAUGGAGUUGGAUUGUGGAGUCGGCAGCGUCCAUGUUAAAGGAGAAAGUGAAUGAAACUUACAUUAGCGUCGACCUGUUCAGUAACAAAACCUGCUUUCAAGUGGAACCAAGCAGCACAAAGGCUUGGUAUGACAUUCUGUUGACAAGACGUUUCGAUCCGCAGCUGAUCCUUAUCUUCACUUUCGGCCUGCUGCUAUUUUUCAAUGCGGAAACCUUAAGCAGGAGUCAGCUUUUCUUCUAUACAACAGGAAUGAGUUUUGGAGUUUUAGCAUCACUCAUCAUUCUCAUCUUUGUCCUUGCUCGUUUACUACCCAAGAAAAGUUCUCUCUAUUUGCUGGUGGCAGGAGGUUGGUCUGUCUCUCUGUAUCUCAUCCAAGUGACACUGAGGAAUUUACAGUUUCUUCUAAGAGAGUAUUGGCAGUAUGUUAUAGGCUAUGUGACAAUAUCUGCCUUUGUCAGUUUUGCUGUUUGCUACAAGUACGGUCCACUGGAGGAGGAUAGAAGUGUUAAUCUUCUAAACUGGGCCCUGCAACUCUUGGGACUAUUACUAAUGUACUUUGGGAUUCAAGUACGACAAGUUGCCCUGGCACUCAUCGUUGUAGCUUUUUGCAUCAAGAACCUAGAGCUUCCAUUUAGGUGGACGUACGCUGCAUACAAGCAAGUGUUCAGAAUAAGAGACAAGCCAAAGCCCCAAAAGCUUCUAACUGAGGAGGAAUAUCAGAGGCAAGGAGAAGUAGAAACACACAAAGCCUUAGUGGAGCUGCAACAGUAUUGCAGCAGCCCUGAAUUCAAUGCAUGGAAAAUGGUGUCUAGACUUUCAACGCCAAAGAGAUUUGCUGACUUUGUUGAAGGGGAGAAUCACCUCAAUCCCAAUGAAAUUUCUGUUCACGAGCAAGAAUAUGGACUAGGUGGAUUGUUUUUAGAGGAUGAGAUCUAUGACACUGGCUUUUAUGAUGACGAAUCUUGAGACUGAGCCUCGGAAAUCAAAUGUUCCUCAAUCUGAGUGAGGUUCGUGUAUUGGAGAUCAAGCCUCUUUCCACACAGGAGGAAGCUGUUUAUGCUGCUUUUUGCUUGACUUAUCAUUUUGAUAUUUCAAAUUACCAAAAAGACAAAAAUUGCAAAAGUACACUCAGCAAUUUAUUCAAUUAAAUGUGAUCUGCAUCCAAACUGGACUGGAUUAGAAGUGCUGGGACUGAUGCUGUAUGUGGAGGGCAGCCAGGAUCAAGUUUGCCGGAAAAAAAAAGGUUUGGCGUAGUGUCCCUGAACUUGGUCUCUUCUCAGGUGUUUGUAUUUUUAAUUACUUUACUGAUCAGUCCUUGAUUUUUAAGAAUUGGUCUGUUACUGGUGCACUGCUUGGAAUUCAAGGAAACCAAAAAACAAUUACACUCCUCUGGAAACAAUAGCUGCUUGUGAUCUGUGGGGUUGGGGAAAGAAAGCCAUGGGUAACAGUUCUGACUUCUUUUAACUGAAAGGGGGAAACAUCUUUCUAAAGCCUAAUUGAACUUUCAAAAAAUUUCCGUUUACUUUUUAAAAUUUUUACUUUGUGUCAACUAAAUUUAGCUUUCAUAAAAUAAAUUUUCUUUGAAACUCUAGUACCACCACUGUUUUUCUGUUUAUCACUGUUACCAGUGGGAGGGUUGGAUACAGAGUGCAUAAGGUUCAACAAGUUAAAUAACUUUAGAUAUACACUGAAGGCAUAUUUCGGGCAGCUCAAUUGUGUUGUUGCCAUUUUAUUUUUUUUUUUCAUGAACUAUUUGCUACCUUUUUAAUGCUCUGGUCGCCAUUGUGAACUCUGUACAAAAUGUGUCCCCUCGGUUGAAAAUAUAAAGAUUAACUGUAGAGCAGUGUGUUCAACCAGGUUAUAUCUACUGUGAUGCCACAAAGUUCACAAGACUUUGGUGUUUGCAAUUUGUACCUAUGCAAAGAAUAUCUUUCAUCAUCAGAACUCCUUUUUCAAAAAAUGGAGCAGUACAGAAUAAGGAAUUGUGAUUAACACUGUCUUUGGGAGCAAUUUUUAUCUUGAAAGUUUCAAUCAUAUUGUUGGCAGUCCUGUCCUGGAAAUGUUCCUGAGUCUGAUGGUGCAAGAGGGCUGAGUUUAAUCAAAAAAAAAUUUUGGUGAAUAAUCUCUACCUGUA